AUGUCGCUAUCACGAAUCCCUCUCGGCCAAGUCUUCCGAGCCAAAGCCAAUAGCACAAGCUCCACCAACUCCUCCAUCCCAGACCUUGGGAACAUAGUACCUCGAGACGUUACUAAAGGGUCGGUGGCAACAACCGCAAGUAUGGCACAACAAGGACAAGCACCAGCGCUCAGCAUACGGGGAACCCGCACCCCCAAAAUGCUAGAAUACGAGCGACAAGCGGAAGAGCGAGCACGCGAGCAAGAGCGGAUGCAAGACGAACGAGACCGGAUGAUGGAGAUAGAGAUGCGAAUGGCCAAAGAGCAAGAGCGGAUUGCGCAGGAGGAGUACGAGAUGAACCAGUACUAUGAGGCGGAGGCGCUGAAGCACGCCGAGGAGAUGCGGUUGCAUCAGGAGGAAGUUCGCAGACAUCAAGAUCGAGUGAGAGAGCAUGAACGGAAACUGCAGGAUCAUGAUGCUAGUGCUGAGGCUUUUGCUAGGGUAAUCGCUAUGCCCGCCAAACCGGGCAGAGAUAGACAGGUCUCGUUCUUGGCACCGGCCAGUAUGAAGAAUGGGAAGAAUGGGAAGAAUGGGAAUGGGAUGAAUAUAAAUGACAUGCAAAAUGGGAAUGGGAAUGGAAUGCAGAACGGAAUGCAAAAUGGAAACGGGUUCCAGAAUGGAAAUGGACUUGCGCCGGCGCAGUUCCCGAACGGAAUCUGGGAUCUAGCGGGCGCUGAGUUCUACAAUGGAGACGCCCAAUACCGCUGUUCGGAAAAUCAAUUUCGGAAUCCAUGGACUGAAUCCUCGACCACUCACGAAAACGAGCUUAGUAUCGUUAGUAGAUGGGAUACGCCCUUCUCUCUUGAGCGCACUCAGCAAGAUAAUGACGGGGGCUCAAAACAUAACGUUGACGCCCAAAGGGAUCUCCUGGACGAGGCCAAUCCAUUUGGUUCACACGCGAAUUCUUUGCCACGCCAUCGGAUGUCGCCUCCAGAUUCCUGGAGUUUCCAGAUCUCAGUAUCAGUCAACGGCGACCUCUCGACGGCAGCAGCAGCGGCAGUUCAAGUAUCAGCAACGACAGAGAAAUGGCGGGGUUCCAGUGCUUUAUCCUAG